AUCUCUGCUCAUUUCCAGAAAACCCUAGACUCCUCAGAACAAUGGCGUUGAGCACCGUGUUUCGUCGCGCCUCGUCUGCAGUGGCUACUAUCGCCUUCCGUGCGGCUAGAUCUCCGGUGAGCUUCCGUAGUGGCGCUGUCUCAGCGGAGAGGCUGGUUCUUGGUAGCCAGCUCGGGCGUGGGUCGGUUAGUUCGUUCUCAUUCUCGAGAUUUUCCACUGAAAGUGCGAUCACUAAAACAACCGCCGAUGAGAAUCUCAUUAGCGUCAUCGAAUCUGAAAUUGAGUGCGCCGUAGCAGAGGAGGCGCCUCUUGAUAAUAGCAUCUUGGAAGAUAAGCCAGAAGGGUUCCCAUUUGAAAUCAUUGAUAAUCCAGGGGAGAGAACUGUGCUGCUGAAAAGGCAAUUUGAGGAUGAAACCAUCCAGGUGGAAGUUGACUCUGCUGCAUCUUAUGAUGAUGAAGAGGAAGGAGAGGAAGCAGAAGCAAACGAUGAAGCAGACGAUGGAGAUCAAGAAAGCCUGGGCAAAUUCCGGAUUCCCAUGGUUGUGAGUGUGGCGAAAAGUGAUGGCGUCUGUCUUGAGUUUGGAGUGAGCGCAUACCCGGAUGAGAUUGUGAUUGAUAGUUUAUCGAUCAAACAACCGCAAGAAUCUGAUAAUGAGCUUGCUUACGAAGGACCUGACUUUGAGGACUUGGAUGAGAAUUUGCAGAAGGCUUUCCACAGGUACUUAGAGAUCAGAGGGAUCAAACCAAGCUUCACUAACUUUUUGUCUGAUUACGUGGCCAACAAAGAUAGCAGAGAGUAUCUGCAAUGGCUCAAGGAUCUCAAGUCUUUUGUCGAGAAGUGAAUCUGAACUUUGUUCAGAUAAAUAAGAGCGAGAAUUCUUUUGCUUAGAGUUUAUCUUAGACGAGCUUGAUAUCACCAUGAUCAAACAAUCGUGGAAAGUAGAUGAGGUUAUGCUUGUUGGCAAUAUUGCUAAAUGUUUUUCCUUCUUUUGGGUUUUUUGGUUGCUUCAAGAUUACAACAACUCUUUCGAGUUUCAGUUUGCAAAAUAUGAGAUACGACCCCAAUAAAGGGUUGCAUUUUUCCAAAUAAUCUUGUAACAAAAUUUCUUAUCCAAAACCUCUUUUCUCUGUUA